GAAUCUGAUGUCUUCUGGCCUCUGUGGACACCAGACAUGCAUGUGAACAGACCUGCAUGCAGACAAAAUACCCAUACAUGUCAAAAAACAAAACCAAAAUAUCACAAAGUGUAGGGAGCGGUGCGACAGCUGUAUGAUAAUGAGGUGAAUCUGGCGCCCUCCUAACAACAGUACUGAGCAUGCGUGGAGUUUUGCACCUGACGUCAGUCUGGCUGGGGCGGUACUAUGCUAAAUGGGAGUUCAUGCCUCGCCAAUCUCUGGAGGACAAGUAGCUGGGAUGGCAGUGGGGUGACUCGUGCCCCACCAAUCCCUGAAAGAAGAUUAGCAUACUGUUGUGUAUAUAAGCCGAGCGGCAAAGCCGCUUGGCGCGGUAACACUUAAAGCUGUAACACUUGGAGCUGUAACACUUAGGGCUGGCUGCCGCCGCCUCCCUGUAUCAACAAAGAAGGUCUCCUGCAGUAAAGGCUGUUGAGAAGAAUCCAACCGUGUUGCGUCUUCCUUGCCGGACGAGGUGGGCGCGACAAAGUGGUGGCCCGUACGGGGACGAGGACAUCCUCGUGGAUCUCAGAACUCUUCAGCUUCAGGAGGAGCGACGUCGGAAAAGUUCCCGGUAAGGGACCAUAAAGUUCUCUGGAGAAUCAAGAAAAUCCAAUUUGGGUACCUGAGCGCUUGACUCGAAAAUUGCCUUCUGAAGAUGAGACUACGAACCCUACUAUUGCUACUGGGAAUGAUAAUACAGGUUAAUUCGAUCACCCUGUGGGCUAUUGCCAGAUCCUGGCCAGUACCCAUGCCAGUCCAUAGCAAUUCUACUGUUUUACCAACCUUUUUCUCUAUCUCCUGUUUGCGUGAUGUUCCUUGUAUAGUGCCAACUGGAGAAAUGCCCCAACGGUAUGCCGCCACUAACGUUUCUCUGUUACAUACCUUAUGUUUUACCAUUAAAGACUCUUCCCUGCCCUGUAUUUGGUUGCGUAGAGCCACGUUAGCUAAUUGGUUGAAUCCUAUAAGUGACAGCACAAUGAACACCGGGAUCAUCCUGGCUGCUUUGAGUCAAAUUGCCCAGGGAGUCUCUUCACCCAGCGAGGACAUGUCAGUCGAUAGUUCUGCUGAUCUGAACAUUACAACACUAAUUGUGAUGCAUAAUUGUAGUGUUCCAUCACGCCCAGGGCAAGGUAACUAUGCACAGAAUAGCUCUACCCGUCGUAGAGUCUUACCCGCUUGCCCCCCCCCCCCGCAUCAAGAGUUUCCACCUAAUUUUACCCCAUGUCAGAGUCCAUUCCAUAGAACAAAACAAUUCCUACCGGGAUUUGAAUUUUCCCCUCCUCUUGGCCAUGUACAGUGUGACUGGGGGGAGAAUAAGACUGGCAAGCAUAAUCUCUGGCCUUGGUUUCAAUGGGUGCUGUCCAAUGAGCAAGGGGCAUAUACAUCCCUGACCCCCUUUGCUAGGUUGAUGGGUGAGAACUUCACGCUGUAUAAUGUUUCGGCUACCAGAAAAAAUGAUACCAGGUUGACCAAUAUUCAAUAUAAUAACCUCUUGGAACAUAAUACUGCCACUAGUAUUUCAGUAUGUGUUAGAUCACCCUUUUUCUUUCUGAUAAGCACUAAUGUCAGCAAUGGUGUUUUAAAUUGUAAUAGCUCUGAUGUAGUCUGCUAUUUAGCUGAAUGCUGGGAUAGCACCAACGACACCACAGUGAUGGUUAAGAUUCCCUCCUUUGUGCCAAUCCCAGUAGAGGCAAACCCAGAUAGUUUUCCUAUUCUUAAUUUGCUGUGAACCAAAAGAGAUUUUGGAAUUACGGCAGUCAUAAUUUCAGCCAUCGUGCUGUCUGCUGCCGCAGCUACCACAGCUGCAAUUGCUAUGACCAAUCAAAUACAGACGGCUGAGACUGUCAAUCAGAUUGUAGAAAGAACUGCAAUGGCGCUAGAGAUACAAGAAGAAUUUAAUACUCAUUUGGCAUCUGGCCUUCUAUUAGCCAAUCAAAGGAUAGAUUUAGUUCAAGAACAAAUUGAAGCACUGUAUCAUAUGACACAGCUGUCUUGCGUUUCCUCCCUAAGAGGUUUAUGCAUUACUCCUUUGCAAGCCAACUUUUCUCAGCAUUCUCAACAGAGCAAAGAAAUCUCAAAUUAUCUGAAAGGAAACUGGUCCAUGAAAGCAGAGCAACUAUCCAGACAAUUGCUGAUGCAGAUUGCUGUCCUCAACAGCACUAGGCUGGACCCCAUCACAAUUGAAGACUUUACCUCAUGGAUUACCAAUGCUUUCUCCUUUUUUAAGGAGUGGGUGGGCAUGUUUGCCUGGGGAGCUAUUGUCCUCCUGGGAUGCGGAGUAUGUCUCUGGCUUAUUGGCCGUUUAAAAAGAGAACAUGCCAGACACAAAGCGGUUGUUUACCAGGCUAUGACUGCCAUUGACAAUGGUGCUUCUCCCAAUGUAUGGCUGGCCUCUUUGAAAGAUUAAGAGUUCGCCCUAGAUCAUUUUUGUCACAGUCAUGUGGGGUCAUUGUAUCCAGGGACGGGCAACUUUCCUCGAGCUCGGACCAACCUAAGACACGGGGCCCGGUGGCGAUAGGGUGACCCAACGACGGGUAAGGCCGAGUCAUCGUCAGGAACGACCUAAGACAAGAGCAAUGACAAGAUUGACGUGACACCCAGAUCUAGACCAGUCAUUUUAUUAAACAAAAAAGGGGGAGAUGUAGGGAGCGGUGCGACAGCUGUAUGAUAAUGAGGUGAAUCUGGCGCCCUCCUAACAACAGUACUGAGCAUGCGUGGAGUUUUGCACCUGACGUCAGUCUGGCUGGGGCGGUACUAUGCUAAAUGGGAGUUCAUGCCUCGCCAAUCUCUGGAGGACAAGUAGCUGGGAUGGCAGUGGGGUGACUCGUGCCCCACCAAUCCCUGAAAGAAGAUUAGCAUACUGUUGUGUAUAUAAGCCGAGCGGCAAAGCCGCUUGGCGCGGUAACACUUAAAGCUGUAACACUUGGAGCUGUAACACUUGGAGCUGUAACACUUAGGGCUGGCUGCCGCCGCCUCCCUGUAUCAACAAAGAAGGUCUCCUGCAGUAAAGGCUGUUGCGUCUUCCUUGCCGGACGAGGUGGGCGCGACAACAAAGGAGUAAGCCUUUUUAAGAGAUACCUUGCAAUUUUAAGAGAUUUAAAAAGUCAACUCUGGAGUUGCUUGGCAGCUUUCUGUGCUUGAAGCUACCGGGCUGGCCCUGCCCUUCCAGCUCUGUGCUUCUGGUGCCUUCCUCUUGCAACUCUCCAUGUGCCAGGGCUGGGGAAUCUGUGCCUUUGCUUCUCGUCUUCACUGUGUCGGCUACAAAUGAAGCUCUUGUUACUCUGGUUGGUUGGUGAUCACACAGUGGUUUUCUGGAUUAUCAGUGUCACCCCAAAGGAAUUUCUAAUUACUUAUCUACAGAUCUUCCUCCUCCACAAAAGCUCUGAGUGCCUAGCAAACAGACAAUUCCCUCAUCACUGCUGUCUCCUCAGUGCUGCACGAUGGACUGAGGUGCACAAUGGGCUGAGCACAUUUCUACUUAGUGAAUGCGGGUUGAAGCCUCAGCCUCCUUAGCUGUCUAAAGAGCACCAAAUGUACAUUCUAAGAGUAAGUACAUAGGAAAUGAUGUUGACCACACAGUGUAUGUCCCUUCAUUUUGCAAAAUAAGGAACUCAGAACUGAAAACCAGUGAAACCUUUUAGUGUACCUAAUGAAAAUUGAUUCCCAGGCAUCUGCAAUGUCAGCUCUAUAAAGUGACAGCGAAGAGAGCCAGUGGAGACACUGGGAAUCACUCAUCAUGCAUUUCUUGCUUGAAUGAAGCAGGGGACUGAUGUGACCUGCUCCACCACCUCUUUGCUCAACUCAGAUGACCUGCAAUGUCUGACUGCUUCUGAGAGGAAGGGACCAGCUGGCCAGCCUUUUAGACUCCCUGCAUAGUGAGGCUGUCCCAGAAGAGCUGAAGAUGUGCUCGCCUACACAGUGGAAAGCAGGAAAACUAUAAUUUUUAUAGACUGAUGAGGGUGCUGGAUGCCCUGACAUCAGCGUUACAGGCAAUGGUGAACAGCCCAAGGUGCCUUCUACUUGGAAAGAGGAACUAACCCAAAUGCAUCUACCAGUUAUUGGCAAGUGUACAGCUUUCAUUGAAGACAAGUACACAUUUUCAAACAGUGAAAUGCCCAGCAUACACCAGAUUAGAAGAAUAAUGUCCACUCCUUGGUAGGUUUUGGAUCAGCUUUUGAUCCUGUGGUGUUUUGUUCAUUGGUUUUUUUGGCUUCUCAUCAGCCACUGAUUGGCAGAGACAAUGUUUUAUUUCUAAGAAGCAGUUAUUGAGAGCACCAAAAUCUUCCCAGAAAUGUUGAUAGUUGUCAGUGGGAGCCAUCAGUAUCUUGAUCUUUUGGAAGGCAGAAUAGUAUGCUCCAUUAAUGUCCUUGUUUUAGACCCAAAUUUUGUUGCAAACAAAAACAAAAACAAACAAACAAAAUAAAGUACUUUUGAUGUAUGCUCAAGGACAACUUUUGAAAUGCAAAACAUUUGGAAAUCCUCUAAAAUUAUCAGGAUUUUAGGCAAAAGACUUUGAAAAAUGAAUUUGUAGAAAAUCAUUACAAAUGGUUUGAUUAUUUGUAUUGUGUAUUAAAGUGUAUAUGGUAAUGAUUUAAAUCAUACUGUGGGACAUGUGAGCACAUUAAUUUAAAAACAGUUAUGGAAUUGGCUGUAUUAUAAUUAGAAUUUCAAUAAAUCACUAUUAAUAUAGUUCAGCAAAUUCAGUAAAUCUAUUAUAUAUCUGUCUUAUCAUCUAUCUAUCUAUGAUCAUCUAUCUUUUAUUGAUCUAUUAUCUGUAUAAUUUAUGUAAUAUAUGUUAAUUUAUGUACUGCAAAGUGUCAUUAAACUCAUUAAUUUAGAAAUUAUUACAUUUGCUUCUAAAGAUCCUUACUAACCCUUCGUGGUUGCUGGAUACUGGUUCAGCCUUCAUGGCUACACUGACAUUUCUUCCCUGUGCAGCCAAAGACACCUCAGUGCCGUCAAGAGCUCAUCAGAUGAGGACACAGGAAUUCUGAAAAUACCAACAGUAGAUUACAGGCAAAUUCUUCCCCCUGAAAAACAACCUCUCUCUCUCUGUCCUUUGCUUUCUCUCUGUGUGUGAUGUGUUUGUGAUGUAUGUGUGUACAUGUGUGGUUCAUAUGUAUAUGAAUGUGUAGUGUGUCUAUGUGUGAUGUAUAUGUGUGUGUGUGUAGUUUGUGCGUGUUUGUGUAGUAUGUGCGUUUGUGUAGUGUGUGUGUGAGUGUGUGUGUGCGUUUGUGUAGUGUGUGUGUGUGAGUGUUUGUGUGUGUGUGUGUGUGUGUGUGUUUGUGUGUAUGCAUGGUGUUAAUAAUAAAAAGAAUCAGGAAAGUGGAGAUUCUGAGGCUUCUUGACAUUUGCUAACCAAGUGCUUUGGCUUGGAAAGAGAUUGACUUCUUGUCUGCUGAGAGAAGCAUAAUGGAAAUCCCCAUCCCUGCUGAUGCUGAAGAUUGGGAGAUACUGACAGUUUAGUGAAAGUAGUUGAAGAAAAGGAGGAAAUGCUGAACAGUAUGCAUUUACUAAAUCUUUCUGAAGGAAUGCUUGUCUGGGGCCAGGUGUGCUUCCAGGCUAUUAAAGAGUGUGUAGAAAAGGAGAGAAGCUCCUCGGAAUGAUUCUCGAGAACACGUGGGAUACGAAUGUUUCCUCUGGGGUCUUGCUCUUCAGGCUUCACUGCCCUCGCCAUCCUUACCCAAAGAUACAUUCAGUCUGGACCAUUCUUCCCUGAUUUUACUACACCCCAUCCUUGUCCCAUUCCUUGUUGCUUUUCAUAGGGACCAAGUAUGAACAAGUGUGGAAGAAGUCUUGCUGUUCUGGGAAGCUUUGGCUGCCAGAGUUCUCGUAAGAGAGCAUCCAGUGGUCUAUGCACAAUGAACUUUAUGGUUUAGUAAAUAUGGUAGAGAUGAGAUGUUAUGAUCAUAUGCUGCCCAGACCACCCCAGCUAUGAUCGUACACAGGUCAUGUCCAUGAUGAAUGUGCUUCCUGAGUCAUAAUUAAGGACAAGGACAUUGAAGCCUAGCUGAAGGAAGUAGGUCUUUGGGAGAGGGUCCUUCAGUCCUUCAGGGUAUCUUGUGUCUGGGCUCUUUCCUUCUCUCACUCACUUUCCUGUCUCACUCUCUCGCUCCUUCAUUGUUCUUCUUUCUGUCCACUACGGGCUAAAUAGCUCUCAUUUGGCAAAUACCUUUGCCACCAGGAUGUUCAAUCAGCCAAGAACAAUCAGUCAAGAAUCCAUGAACUGAUAGUUUUGAAGUCAUGGACCAAAUUAAAUCUUUCCUUUCUUGUAUUGUUCAUUCCAGGUAUUUUCAUCAUAGUGACAACAAUGUAAUGUCAAAGGAUAUUUCUGCAGGAUGGAACUGCAACCCUUCAGGCCUGUGAGUGGAGGCACCUAGAACCUGGAGACAAGCUCAUUAUCUACUUGUAAACCCCAGAAUGGUCACAGUUAGUGUAGUUGAAGCAUGUACCCUGCCUAACUUCCUAAUCCAAAGAAGUAAGGUGUGUGUGUGUGUGUGUGUGUGUGUGUGUGUGUGGUGUGUUUCAAUGGAUGUGUGGAGUCCAGAGGUCAAUCACAAAGUCAUUACGUGAGUGAUGGCCACUUUAAUUUUUAUGAGGUAGGGCUCUAAUUGACCUGGAAGUCACUGCCUAGGCUAGACUUGCUAACCAGUGAGAACCAGAAUUCUUUCUGUCCCUGCCUCCUUGGUUCUGGGAUUGCAAGUGUGUACUAUCCUAGUUACUUUUUGACAUGGGUUCUGGUAACUUAACACAAGUCCUCAUGGUCCCUAGCAAGCACUUCACCGACUUAUCUAUCUCCCUGAUCAAGAAUCUUGGGCUGUAUUAAAAGGAUUAUUAAGUUAAGACUAAUUCUGUACACAUUGUAUGGAUCUACUCUGUGUUGAUGCUCACACAACUACUAUUGUGAAUUUGAAGCUGAGCUUACUUACUAUCUAUGUGGUCUAUCACACUACAUUUCUUCUUUAUGCUAAAUGACGCUAUUUUCACCUUAAGGAAUGAUCCUUUAAAUCCCAAGACCCACAAUUUUAUCAUGACUUGUGUUGCUCAACAAUGCCCAGGGCAAGAUACAAACUUCAAUUGUAUCACUUAUAGAUUUUUCUUGUCCCUGAGUUUCUAUUUCUGAUUUACUAACCUACAUUGCUUUCCUUAAAGUAAAUAUAUAUUCUUUUAAGAAGACAGGAAUUAAUUUAAACUAAAUUUUAAAUUAAAUUAAAUACCCAUUUUGCCUGUGUCGAUCCAUGUCAGAUUAAGAGAAAAAGAGAAAAUUAGAUUCACCAGAUAAAAUGCAGAUUUUUAAGACUUGAACACGCACUAAAUUUAUUCACCAUUUGUCUAAAAUGCAUAUUAACUGAAUAUCUUAUAUUUUUGAUUACUCAUCAGGAGAAUACUAGGGCAACCCAAAUAACAACAUCUUCUAGUUAAGUGGAUUUCAACAGAUAUUUGUCUGAUCUGGUUAGGGACAUAAACAUCUCAACAGGCAUUUGUAACUCUAACAACCGUAAGGGGAUGUUUAAGGGUAACCUGAGUUUAAGAGGACUUCUCUGUGUUCUGAGAAUGUGCCCUCACUACUCCAUCAAGUCUGAGCUCUUGCUUCCUGUCCAAAUCAUCACCACCCUGCUCUUCCUUCAUAAGGUAUGUCCCAGACUCACUCCUGUCCACUUCCUGGAGUAACAUCCACACAUGAAAUGAAGUCUUGGGUAAGGCCAUGUAAAGAAGAUUCUAUUUGACCUUAGUUUAGAGACAAGUUGCUUUCCAGGUAAAGGGAUGUGUUGGAGGGAGGACCAGGCAUUUCGGUUAGGAGAAAGCUUAUACAUUUUCGAUGUGUUAAAUGUAGUUGCAGUAUGGGAGGGUGACAUGAAAUUUGACAAGAAGUCAGGGCUGUGGGGCUUUGAGGGCCAGCCAAAGAUACAGGGUCAAUUUUAAAGCAGGAUUUGCAUAACCAACAAAGGUUCCUUUUUCAAAAUAAGUUUCAUGCUUUUAGUUAUUUGAUUUUUAAUUUUCAUAUACAGGUGAACAUGCAGACUCCUGUGGAACAGAACAGGGCAUUGAUUUCCCUAGAAUUGGAGUUACAGUUGUGAGCUGCCAUGUGGGUGCUGGGAAUUGAAUGGGGGUCCUCUGGAAGAACAGCCAGUGGUCUUAAUCUCUGAGCCAUCUCUACAAUUCCAAUCAGUGAAGACUCUUAAGCCUGGGUCUUACUCAAUAAAAUUUAGUUUUUACAAAAUUUCUAGGACUUUCGUGGAGGAUUGUGGGGAAGAAACACAGGAUAAGAGCCAGGGGUACAGGUUCUAAGGAUGACGAUGAGGUAGGCGCUAAUGCAGGACAGUUCUAUCUAAUUAGAAGAGAGCUGUGGGCCUCAAACUUAUGUGUCAAGCAUUUGACUCAAGUCUCUCCAGCCCACGUCUCUUAAAAUAAUCGUAAACUUGUUCUACAGCAUCUAAGUUUUGUUUAGGCAGCUUUAGAGGUCAAAUAUGAACUAUGUCCCACAGCCUCGUAUGUUGAAUGACUGGGUGAGAGCUAAUGGCACCAUUCUGGGAAGUGUGGGAAACUGAACAGAGGAAGGUAAGUCACAGGAUUGUGCUGUCAUAGCUGUGGCUUAUCCCCAGUUCAGUCCUCACCCUCUGUCAACCUUGGAAUAGCCUCUGACAUGCUAUGAUGAGAUUAUCCUCAGCAAGAGCCCAGAAUCAAUGGGGGGCCAAGCGUUGUAGCUCAACCCUCUGAAAUCACAAAGGAAAAUGCUUCUCUUGGUCAUCUUGAUCUGUAGAGAGCGGUGCGGCGAAACAAAGAUGGCGCCGACAUCCAGCCUUGUCUGGAUGUCGACAACUUACUGCGCAUGUGCAGGCUUGUCCCCUUGUUAAGGCGACCAUACGAUAAUGAGAUGUAGGGCGCCCUCCAGUAGUGAACAACGGUACUGCACAUGUGCGGUUUUUGCACCAGGUGUCAGUUGACCAUUAAUAUGCUAAUGAGGGGCGGUACCAUGCUAAUGGGGUGAUUCAUUCUCCGCCAAUCCCUGGAGGACAAGUAGUGGGGUGAUAGUGGGGUGAUCCAUGCCCCACCAAUCCCUGAGAGAUAAUUAGCAUACUGUUGUGUAUAUAAGUCGAGCGACUUUGCCGCUCAGGGUCCCUGUUUAAGAGAGCUGUAACACAGUAAAGGCUUGUUCGCAGAAGAAUCCUGUUGCCGCGUGUCGUUCUUGCUGGCGGGACAUUGGGCGCGAGACAUUGAUCAGCCAAAGGAAAGUGGAGGAAGUAACCAACAGAGGCAAAGAAAAGUGGAGAUCUGGCAUAAAUACUUGAUAUUUUGGUCAAAUUUCCCAUUAUUAAAGGAAAAAGAACAAGGAAGAACACACAAUUAAUUUGGAAGCUGAAGGACGAGUUUCCUGCUUUGAUUAUCCUAUAUCAGUUGUGUGAUGACCAGUGAUGCAGGACAUAUGAAGCCCAGGGUUCUUAUCUGUAAGAUAUGGAAACAGAUUGCCCUGGCAGGCUGGAAAGUUAUCUAGAUUAAUUACACUAAUGAUUACAAAUUACAGUGUCACUGUAGUGUCUGACAAUAUUUACAUAUUGAAACUGAAUAUUUGCUGAGUUUGUAUGAUGUGCUAGAUAGAACAAAGGGGCUUUCCAAGGAUUGUGUGGCCAGAUUGCAGCAACUGCCUAAUGAGACAGCUCUUAUCCUGAUGCUUCUUUCACACAGGGAGACAGCUAAACUAGUUAACUUACUUAACGUCACACGGAAAACAUGAGAUGGGGCUAGGCUAAACUGCAGGUUCGUCAUCAAUCUAUUCUCAUUCUAAGCAUGCUCAGUGCAGUAUGCAUGUAAGCAUGGCAUAAGGACUUCUUGAAAACUUAGUGGAUCCCUGUCACGUGACACUACUCUUGAGUAUCCGUGAACAAGCGUCUUCUCAAACAGAUAAGGCACCGAUGGCAGACGAUUUAAAAAUAUCACACAAAAGCCCAACUUGGGGAACCUUUGAGUUAAUUGGGUUUACUUACAGGGAUGUGGGUGAAGGGUUACCUGAGGGUGCAGAAAUAAUUCAAGGACAGUUACAUCACCAAAGCCCACCCCAGCAUGGGCGACAGCUCACACAAGCUGGAGUACACUGUAUAGACCAAAAGACUGGAGAUUAUUCUUUCCAAGGACUGACUAGACUGUCUCUUCCAGCUUGGCUGAUAUCUGUGACUUCCUAGCAGUUUAGAUUUUCUAAGAGUGACUCUCAGCAGGCCUUACUGCUUACAUACUCUGUGAAUGGCAGGGCCUAGUGAAUCUCUUCAGUUUCAAGGAAUUUCUAAAGCCUCUGAAUUCUUUAAUUCCCGAGUCCCCUAAGAACACGCUGUAUCUUAAUUUACUUCACUUUGAGAAGAAUGGGUUUGUGUCAGAGGCCAUGGCUAUAUACAAUAGCCCCUACUUUAUUUCAAGAGCUACGUUGGUUACUCAGCUCUCAAAUAUUUGAAAUAAUAAUGAAAUCUGUUUUUCUGAUGUGAAAACUGAGAUGUGAAUCUAAAUAAUCUUCCCAGAGAGAAAUCACUAAACUAACGAUCAGUUCUGGAGACUUCAUUGAAACUCUGUUUAAUAAUCACACACCAUCUUUUCUGUACCACACUGUCUACAGUAUAUAGGAGCCUGUGGCCUGUUCACUAUGAAUCCAUUGUAAUCAGCACCAGAACCUGGUGUUACAGGGCUUAAUCUCUCUAGCACAUCUGGUGAAAAGAUGAUGAUUAAGGUCCAGGCUAAAGGUGUGCACACAACACCCUGACCUAUGCUCAGAAUGCUUUGCCUUCAUGCUGGAUGGCCAAGUAUUGUCUGCAUACCAGAUUCACAGGGUUGACUCUGAUAAAUACUGUUAUGAAGAUGCUCAAAUGUAUCAUGCACAGCAACCAUCUGGGGAACAGCAGAAAUCUACCCUGACUGUCACAGCCCACAGAUGUUUUGAUCUAAGGAUCUUGUUGACUUCCUUCCUUCCUUUCUUCCUUCUUUCCUUCCUUCUUUCCUUCCUUCCUUCCUUUCUCUUCCUUCCUUCUUUCCUUCCUUCCUUUCUCUUCCUUCCUUCCUUCUUUCCUUCCUUCCUCUCUCUCCUUCCUUCCUUCCUUCCUUCCUUUCUUUCUUUCUCUCUCUCUUCCUCUUUCUUUCUUUCUUUCUUUCUUUCUUUCUUUCUCUCUCUCUCUCUCUCUCUCUCUCUCUUUCUUCCUUCCUUCCUUCCUUUCUUUCUUUCUCUCCCUCUUCCUCUUUCUUUCUUCCUUCCUUUCUUUCUUUCUUUCUUUCUUUCUUUCUUUCUUUCUUUCUUUCUUUCUUUCUUAAAUCUGGAAGAAAAUUUUACUAGAGCUUGAGAGAAAACAAGAGUACAGGCAAACUGAAACCCCUAGUGGCCAUCAGGUGGGGAAACAGAGAAAAAGCCAUGCCUUUUGAUUUUGUCACCCAAGUCCAGGCAAUAGUGAGAAUGGGAUUAGUGUCAGAGAAAAAAAUUAGAAACAGAGACAUCUUACUAAAAAAGAUAAAACACUCCAAAUGGGAGGUAAGCAAGCGAGCUAAGGAAAGAGCGGGGAGUUAUCUGGCCACAUGUUGUGUGGGCCUUUGUAGUUGGUAAGGUAUUUCUGAGUAUUCCAGAUGCCUCUCCAUGGGUAGCUCUUAGAAUUAACUAUGAAGAGAUACUCACUGUGAAAUUUUCUUUGCUAUAUCAUUAAAAUAAUCCACAGCACAGUACAUUAGAAGGUAUCAGAAGGGCUGGGGUUGGCAGGGCUGUGUUUGUACUUAGGACACCGCUCUGGAUACUACUUGCUCUUCCUCCUCCUCCUCUUGCUUUUCUUCUUCCUCUUCUUCUGGUUGUGACAUGUAAUAGGCCAGCACCUGUGGAAAUAUUGUUAUGGACUUUGGUGCUCCAACAUCUUGCCCACAAUGAUGUUCAUUUGUGCAAUGUAUCCAUAGAUACGGUGAAUCAAAAUUACAUAAAAGUCUACAAGUGAACACAAGAAAGGAGGCAGCCACUGUCACUGUUUGGAGAAUGCAGGUCAUUACUGAACUGGCCUUGACAUACAGAAGAAAAUGCAGAUGCUAGGCGCAACAUCAUGAACAGGGAAAGCCUCUCAUUGCCUAUCACUUUGAAGACCAGGCUGGUUGGUCUCAUGAGCCUUGACGACGCUUCUGUUUCUGCCUCCCCACUCCCAAAGCCCCAGGAUUCCAGACCUGUGCUACAGUAUCUGGCUUUUAUGUGAAUUCAGGGACAAAAGUUCAAUUCCUCACACUUGUUUGGGCUGGGGAAGAACCAGGACAUCCGUGUUUGCUUCACAAUAUUUUACCACUGGUUCUACUCAAUGAAAUAAGGCGAGAUGAAAAGGACAAAGCAAAGGGAAGAGGAUCCUCCAGUUCCACCUUACGCUGCACUUGAACUUGUAAAGCUCGUGGAAGAAGGAAAGUAUCUUCAUGGCAUUAAAGCAUGCAUAUUCUAAGGUGAUACUCAAGACUUUUAAUCCAAAACUGAUAUUCUGUGCCCUAGCUUGCGUUAAUUACCAAGUUGACACAGCCCAGAAUUACCUGAGAAGGGAGUUUCAUUGAGGGAAUGCCAGGGUCAUAUUGGUUCCUGGGACUGUUUGUGAGGAAUUCUCUUGAUUGCUAAUUGAUAAAGGAGGGUCCAUCCCACUGUGGACAGCACCAUUCCCUGGACAGGUGGUUCUGGAGUGUAUAAGACAGCUACCUAAGCUCAAAGGAGACAGAAUGGCACAUUCUUUUAUAGAUUCUGCUAUGCUGCUUGGCUGUGAAGUGAGUUCCAUGACCAGAAAAAGCAAAAAGGCCUGACUUUAGGUUCCUGCUUUGUGUUUCCACCCUGAAUUCUGUGUGACAUCUAAGACGAAAUAAACCUUUUCUAUCUUAA